AUGGGUUCUAGGCUUCAGGCCAAUUCUGAGCUAGUUCGCAAAAGAAUCCAGAGUCAUACGUUUGAUGACGAUAAUGGAGACGAAUAUGAAGCAUCAGUGUUCGGAGGCUUUGAUGAUUACUUUCGGCGCAAGAAGUUGAAGCUACAGAAUCGCGAUGCGCACAUUCGCGCAAACUCCGCAAAUAAUCCCCCAAUCUUUCGUGGUGUCGUAGCUCAUGUAAAUGGCUAUACACAACCUUCUCUAAACGAUUUACAUCAACUGAUUGUCAGCCAUGGCGGGGGUUUCCUACAGUAUCUCGACGGCAAGACGAGCGCCACCCACAUUAUCGCGAGUUCCUUGACGCCAAAGAAACGCGAGGAGUUUCGCAAAUACCGUAUUGUGAAACCGGCUUGGGUCGUAGAUAGUGUUAAGGCGGGUCGGCUACUUCCAUGGGAUAACUACCGUGUGGUCGACGAAGGCGCUUCGCAAAAGGUACUGAGGUUUGAAACCGGCACCUUGCAGACUCAGACCAACGAUCUCGAGCGAACUUACAAAGAUCAGACAGGAAACAGUUGGUAUAAUUCGCAGUUCAGAGAUGCAACCCAAGAUCUGCAAAAGGAGACCUCUAAGGGGUCGCCGUCAAAGGAGAAAACUGAUAUUAUGUCGAGUAUCCCCAACUCCAAUGCAGACACCGACUAUGGGGACUUUCCAUCCCUAGUAUCUCCGGAAACAACCAAGGAAUCACCUGCGGGAAGAGAUUCUAUGGCCACCAGGAAUGAUUCAAGUAUUGCUUUUGAGGAACAUGAAAAGAGUAAUCAAGAAACUACAGAGGAUGGUGUCCAGAAUUUGACCAAGGUUCAACUUGCGCGAGAGACUAUUCCUGUGAAACCUGGUAUGAGUUCGGAAGAGUACAAUGCGUUGCUCUUGUCUGAUCCACGUAUGAAAAAGUCGAGUGUGGUCAACCCUGACUUCUUGCACCAAUAUUAUCGAGAAUCACGACUUCACCAUUUGUCGACAUGGAAGGCUGAGCUCAAAGCGAAACUUCAGGCAAUUACGCAGGAAAAAAGUGAUUCGAAUAAGAAUAUCAAACGGCGUGUACCAGGAACACGAAGAUAUAUUCUUCAUGUUGACUUUGAUAGCUUCUUUGCCGCCGUGUCAAUUAAAAAGCACCACCCGGAAUUAGUCGACAAACCUGUUGCAAUCGCUCAUGGCACUGGCAGUGGCUCUGAAAUUGCUAGUUGUAACUAUCCAGCUCGUGCAUUCGGAAUCAAGAAUGGAAUGUGGAUGAAAGGAGCGCUAGACCAAUGUCCCGACCUCGAGGUUCUGCCUUAUGAUUUCCCUGCCUAUGAAGAAGCUAGCCGUCAAUUCUACGAGUGUAUACUCGCCGUGGACGGGAUCGUACAGAGCGUCAGUAUCGACGAAGCACUCGUCGAUAUCACUACGCAAUGCCUGCAAGCUGGUGGAUCUGACGGUCGUGGCAUCUCCGAAGGCUCGAUAUACCGGGAACAAGCUAAAGCAGAUGAAAUUGCGAAGUCCUUAAGAGGCGCAAUCAAAUAUAAGACUGGAUGUGCAGUUUCUGUGGGGAUCGGGGGUAACAUCUUACAGGCAAAGGUUGCAUUGCGCAAAGCCAAACCUGCCGGACAAUUUCAGCUCAAGCCUGAUGAAGUCUUGGAUUUCAUAGGAAAUUUGACUGUGCAAGACCUUCCAGGUGUGGCUUACAGCUUGGGCGGCAAAUUAGAAGAAAUCGGAGUCAAGUUUGUCAAGGAUAUGCGUGACCUAUCUCGCGAGAAGCUGGUCUCUCACCUCGGCCCCAAAACUGGCGCCAAACUUUGGGACUAUGCACGAGGCAUUGACAAGACCGAGGUAGGAGUGCAGACCAUGCGGAAGUCUGUAUCUGCCGAGAUAAACUGGGGCAUUCGAUUUGUCAAUCAGAAUCAGGCUGAAGAAUUCGUACAAAGUCUCUCCGAAGAGCUUCAUCGUCGUUUAGUUGAGAACCUGGUGAAAGGAAAACAACUCACGAUACGCGUCAUGAGACGUUCAGCUGAUGCACCAUUGGAACCUGUCAAACAUCUUGGGCAUGGAAAAUGCGACGUAUUCAAUAAGAGUGUAUUACUCGGUGUCGCAGCUAAUGCAAGCGAUAUCAUUGGGAAAGAAGCAAUUGCAAUGCUACGGAGCUUUGGAUUCAACCCCGGCGACCUGCGAGGUUUAGGAGUUCAAAUGACAAAACUGGAACCCGCGAAAUCGACAAGCGGCGGUGGUCUUGAAAGUAGCCAGCGCCAAUUGAACUUCAAAGCCUCACCGGUCGCUAAGAGAGCAAUCAAUAUGGCCGAUCCCGAUUUGAUCGAAAGCCCUCAUAAAGGCGAUGGAGCCAGUAUCGACGCAGUCAAUACGCUUGAUAAUCGGCCUACAUUUGACAGCUCACUGAAACCUCUGAACGUUCUAGGGACACAAUUCAUCAUGCCAACUCAACCGGAUCCGAAAGUGGUAGCAGAACUACCGGCAGACAUUCGAUCUAUGCUGGUGCGCAAACCCAAAGAGCCUCGAGAGACCUCCCCUUGUCCGGCUCCAAGACAACGAGUUUCUACCGGUGAAAAUCUUCCCUUGCCAUCACAAAUCGAUCCGGAUAUUCUGAAGGCAUUGCCAGAGGACAUUCAAUCAGAAAUUCUAGGCUACUAUGGCCAACCAUCAAGUGGUAUAAAGCCUGCGUCUCCCCAAUUUCAACCCCAAUCCCCACCUCCACCGUCGCGUCCUGUACGUGCAGCACCUUUCCUCAAAAGACCGACGACUCCAAUUAAGAAGCGCCGCGGCCGACCACCUAAGUCUUUGGUCAAUGCUUCAAAGCCUGCUGCUCGCUCAGGUCUAAUGCAAUCAAACUUUGACUUCGGCCGAACACGUACUGAACCAGAGACGAUCGAGCAAUCUUUGCCGGCUCAAGAUACCGAGACAGUGUCUGAAAUAUCAGAAGAUUUUCUAGCUGCUCUUCCCGAGGAUAUUCGAGCAGAAGUAUUAGAAGAGCAUCGACAACAGCGUAUGCGCCAGCGGUCAAAUCUCGUCGCACCGGUUUAUCGUAGGACGGUAGCCUCUAGACCAACCACGCCAGCUGAGUCAUCUACUGCAGUAGCUACUGAGAAACGGAUCCAGUUAUCACCUCGCGCGGACCGGCCGACGUUUACCUCUAAGAAAUUGUCAACGUUACCUGACUUACGUGAAGCAAUCACUGCUUGGUACUCCGCUUUUUCUAGAGAGGCACCCUUCGUUGCGGACGUGGAAGCAUUGGCACUCUACCUCAAGCGUGUCGUCCUCGAGGAACGAGAUCUUGAGAAGGCUGUCUCGGUCGCUGACUGGCUGGCAUGGUUAAUCAGGAAUGAUGAAGAUGCAAUGGACCGAAUUGCCACAAUUAUUGAUCACUCCCAAAGCUCGCAAGCAGAAACCACCUGGGACGAGGCCUUGAAUAUUGUACAACGUAGUGUCACUGCUGCGGUCGAGGAGAGGGGAUUGCCUCCUCCCAAGUUUUCUGCAUGA